AUGAAUAGUUGGGAAAGAGUUUGCCUUAAAGAGAAGACUUAGCAUAAGUGUUAAAUCUCUCUACAGGUCAUAAUCGUAUCCACAUAAUUUUUAAAUAAGAAUGCUUUAAUUAAAACAUAUUCUACAGGAUUGAGCAAUUUUAUAUUCAUAUAUAUAAGAAUGGAAUUUUCAAGAUAAUAUGUAUAUUUUUGUCUAAUUCACAACUUGCAUAUCUUGGCUGAAUUAUUAUAAAUCAAAUUUUUCAUCAUAAAUAAUUAAAUGCAGAGAACAUCCAACUAUGGUCAUAGAGAUCACGAAGCUAUUCAUAAAUAGUAAAUUACACAACUAUUCAAAAUUAGCAUGAAAUUUAAAGAAUUGCUGAAAAAAAGUCAUGAUUAUGCACCUAAUCUUCAAAAAUCCUCACCAGAACAACCUUAUAACUAAACCUAUAUUAAAUUAGCCUUAAGCUUUUUAAAACAAUAAACCUGCUAUAAUACAAAGUGCAAAACCAUAUAUGACUUCCUUCAGAGUAAAGAUCCCCACUAAAUUUACAUAUUCAGAAAAUAAGCCAUAUUUAAUUAAUCAGAAAUCAAAACCUAAUUUGAAAAUUAAAUAAUCAACUAAUAUAGAUAAAAUAUGAUUAAUUUCUUCUAAGUAACUAAGAUCAACUCAUAUUCUGAAGGUAAAGUAGAAAAAACUAUUAAAAUCCAUUAGAGGAGGAGAGCAAAAGUAACCAUUAACCGCCACAAAUAUCUAAUUAGAAGAAAAGUAAGCAAUUUAAGAGUGAGUGCAGCUUCACCUCAAAUAAGAGACAAAGUUACUGAAUGGAUAUAUAUCAGAAACAUGGUAAAAUAACACUGAAUUUUCAAUCAAUUUAGUAAGAGUGGUGAGGGGAAAGGAAGUUGUGGCUAAGAUAGUAGAUCAUUAAACAGCAAAGCCGCCUGAGAAGAGAACAGACAUUAAGAAUAAUCAUCUUCUUUAAUAAUAAUAACUAGUUGGCGAGAAUUAUGUUAGAUGCGAAAAACUAAAGUUUCCUCAAUUUCACCCAUCAACAUAAUGA